GCCCGCCAUGGCCGGGGUCAGCUACGCGGCGCCCUGGUGGGUGAACCUCCUGCACCGGCUGCCGCACUUCGACCUGCGCUGGGAGACCACCAGCAGCCAGUUCCGGCCCGAGGACCCCGACUACCAGCAGGCGCUGCUGCUGCUGGGGGCCGGCGCGUUGGCCUGCCUGGCCCUGGACCUCCUGUUCCUGCUCGUCUACUCCUUCUGGCUGUGCUGCCGGCGGCGCAAGAGCGAGGAGCACCUGGACGCCGACUGCUGCUGCACCGCCUGGUGCGUCAUCAUCGCCACACUGGUGUGCAGCGCCGGCAUCGCCGUGGGGUUCUACGGCAACGGGGAGACCAGCGACGGUGUCCAUCGGGCCACCUACUCGCUCCGCCACGCCAACCGCACCGUGGCAGGGGUCCAGGACCGAGUGUGGGACACGGCAGCUGCCCUGAACCUCACGGCGGAGCCCAGCCUGCAGAGCCUGGAGCAGCAGCUGGCGGCACGGCCCGAGCCCCUGCGGGCAGUCCAGCGGCUGCAGGGCCUGCUGGACACGCUGCUGGGCCACACAGCUGCCAUCCCGUUUUGGAGGAACCCAGCCGUGUCCCUGGAGACGCUGGCCGAGCAGGUGGAUCUCUACGACUGGUACAGGUGGCUGGGCUACUUGGGCCUGCUGCUGCUCGAUGUUGCCAUCUGCCUGCUGGCGCUGGUGGGGCUCAUCCGCAGCUCCAAGGGCAUCCUGGUCGGGGUCUGCUUGCUGGGGGUCCUGGCUCUGGUCAUCAGCUGGGCCGCACUGGGCUUGGAGCUGGCUGCGUCUGUGGGCUCCAGUGACUUCUGUGUGGACCCCGACACCUACGUGUCCAGGAUGGUGGAGGAGCACCGGGUGCUGAGUGGGGACAUCCUGCAGUACUACCUGGCCUGCUCACCCCGCGCCUCCAACCCCUUCCAGCAGAAGCUGUCCGGCAGCCACAAGGCCCUGGUGGAGAUGCAGGACAUCGUGGCCGAGCUCCUGACGACCGUCCCCCGAGAGUACCCGGCCACCAAGGACCCUCUGCUCCGUGUGCAGGAGGUGCUCAACGGCACGGAGGUGAGCCUGCAGCACCUCACCGCCCUGGUGGACUGCCGCAGCCUGCACCUGGACUACGUUCAGGCCUUGACCGGCUUCUGCUAUGAUGGUGUCGAGGGCCUCAUCUACCUGGCCCUCUUCUCCUUCAUCACAGCGCUCAUGUUCAGCUCCGUCGUCUGCAGCGUCCCACACACCUGGCAGCAGAAACGGGGCCCCGAUGAGGACGGGGAGGAGGAGGCCGCCCCGGGGCCCCGGCAGGCACACGACAGCCUCUACCGCGUGCACAUGCCCAGUCUGUACAGCUGCGGCAGCAGCUAUGGCAGCGAGACCAGCAUCCCGGCCGCGGCCCACACCGUCAGCAACGCCCCCGUCACCGAGUACAUGAGCCAGAAUGCCAACUUCCAGAACCCCCGCUGUGAGAACACCCCCCUCAUCGGGCGCGAGUCCCCACCGCCCUCGUACACGUCCAGCAUGAGAGCCAAAUACCUCGCCACGAGCCAGCCUCGCCCCGACUCCAGCGGCAGCGGCCACUAGACCACCCGCCAGCCACUGCCCCACGUGCCAAUCACCCCGCUCCUCCCAGGCCUGCUGCUCCCACGAGGCCCCGCGGCCCCCGCAUGGUGCUGGGCCCUUGCUCUCCCCCCUUCCUGCAGGAGCCUAGAAUGCCAUCGGGCCCCCGCCGGCGCAGAUGUGGGGGCUCUGGGCUGCACCCUGUCCUGGGGCACUCGCCUGGGCACUGGGAAUGCUGCCACGGACACCAGGACCCUCUGGGCCACCAGGAUGGGUUUGCGGAGCCCUGCUCCGGGCCACACAGACAGCGCCAUGCCCCUGCCGCGCCCCCGGUGUCCCGGCUCGCAGUGCCCCCUUCCUCCGCAGCCCUGCACCGCUGGCCACUCACUGCCCGCGCCGGCCUCGCCCUCUGCUCUCCUCUCUCCUUCUCUCCUCCCUGCCCACAGGCCCCUGCGCCAGCCGCCAGAGCCCCCUGGGGCCGCCUCUGCCUAGCUCGCUCUCUCCCCAGCGCCUGCAGCACCUGCCCUCCACGCGGGACGGCGCUGUCACGCCAAGCCGAGGCCGCACACCAGUGCUGGCCACCUUCUCGGUGCCAAACCCCUCCCUCCAGACGUGGCAGCUGGUUCGGUCUGUUCUUUGCACUAACUGGUCUCUAGGGUGCGGGCUGCGGCUGCUGGUCGAGCACACGCCCUCCAGUCCCCUUCUGUCCAGGACAGGUGCAGUGUUCCGGAGCCUGGCCUUGGGGGCUGGACCCGAGCUGCCUGUGAAUGAGCCCUCGGCCCACCCCCCGGGACUAACCACUAACCUCACCCCAGCACCGCUCCAGCGGGCGGCAAGCGCAACCCGGGCAGACAGCCAGCUGGAGUCGGGCUGGCCCGGUUCUUCUCGGGGCCCCACAGGGCAGAGCGUGGACCAAGGGCGGCCCGAGGCCCUGCGAGCCCAACCCGGGCCGGUGCUGCCCUGGGCUGGGCCAUAGAUAGGACCGAUGUCCCCGCGGGCUCGGUCUCCCUACCUGUGAAGUGGGAGCAAGGCCUCCCUGAGGUGCUUUUGGGUUCGGUGUACAAUGUUUGCUGCUUCCUGCCGUGGAGGGGGGCCCGGCCAGCCCCCCUCGGAGACAGUGGGCGUGGCCUGUGUGCCAGGCCAGGGGCAGCAGAGGGUCCCCCGCCCCUGAGUGAGGCCCCAGCCAGGGCCCCGCAGGAGGAGCCGGGCAGCUGGCUGGCAGCUCGGAAACCAUGGGCUCUAACUCCCAGGGGGCGGCCUUCCCUGCCCCUUGGACCUUUUCUUUGAGCUGGUGUCUGGGACCAAAAGGGUAGGGGCCAGGUCACCUCUGCCCUGCCCCAGGGGCGGCCUUUGCCCUGGAGGGGAGGGGAGUGUUCUCCCCUGGGCCCCGGGCAGGGCCGAGCCUCCCUGCACUGCUCCGGUCCCCGCGGGUGGGCCUCCCCAGGGCCGGCCCUGUGGCAGGAGCUCUCUGGUCUGGCCAGGUGGUGCCCCGUGAAUGGGACAGUGGGCCUGGCCUGGGCCCCUGCCGCCGGGAGGCCCGCCUCCCUGGCUCCCCGAGUUCCCUGCACCCCUUGAAGCUGAGGAAAGGGAGCAGAAAAAGUCCGAAGGGUUCAGGCCCGAGCUUCAGUCCUUGGAGGGGAGGGCGGGUCCCACAUUGAUUUUCUUUUCUGUUUUAGGGGCCCCUUUCUAGCCACCCCCUGUCCCACUGACCUCUCCACAUCUGCUCCACCCCAGCUCCAGUGGCCUGGACCACAGGGGCAGGGAGGCCGCAACGCCCGACCGGGUGCAGCCCCCACGGGCUGGGUGAGCAGGAGGCGGGGUCCAGCUGGGCCUGGCUGGGGGCGGCCUGGUCGGAAGCCCCUGACCUUUUCCCGGCCACACCACCCAUCUCACUAUGCAAUUCCAGUUGGAGCUCCAUCCCCCACCCAGGACCCUGCCGGCCCGAGGGAGGGGUUGUGGGACCUUUGUUUAGCCAUGAUGGUCAUGCUCGUGUUUGUUACACAUACUCUAUCUCCAUAUAAUUGUUUUGAGACCCCGACUCUCCCGAUCCCCUUCUGGCCCUGUCCCCUUCCACCUGACUUAACAUCUGAGCUGACCUGGGACUGAGGCCUGAGCCAUGGGCAUUGACCUUCAACCUCCGACCUCCCCAGGGCCAUGGCUGGGCGUGCUGUUGCUGUGUUUCUGGGGGGGGGGGGGGUGUUUUGUUUUGUUUUUUUCAAACUGGGUUUGGGGUUUGAUUUUUAUAUCUUUGGGGCUUUAUUUUUCUUGGCAAAUACUAAAUCUCGUCAGUGUAAUUUCUGUGGUUUCUAUUCA